AUGACGAGGAAGAUCUUCACCAACACGAGGGAGCGAUGGAGGCAGCAAAACGUCAACAGCGCCUUCGCCAAGCUGCGGAAACUCAUUCCCACCCACCCUCCGGACAAAAAGCUGAGCAAGAACGAGACGCUGCGCUUGGCCAUGAGAUACAUCAACUUCCUGGUGCAGGUGCUGGGCGGGCCGGGGCUGCCGCCGGCCGGGGCCGCGCGGGGCGGCAUCCUGGGCUUCCUGCAGCAGCCAAGCUUGGGCCAGCCGGCGCGGGCCGAGAGCCGCCCCGGCACCGCCGGCACCACCGGCACCAGCGGCACCGGCACCAGCGGCGCCCCGCGACGGCCGGAGGCAGCGGCUCCGUAG